CGUCGUUUCGUUAUGACUCUGCGUUCUUUCUGUUUGGCGGGGAGCUCAGGGAAUGGAUGAUGGAGCUCUGUCCACAAAAUUCCGCCACCGCCACCGCCAACGCCGGCGGCGGGCUGGAGGAUCAUCUCUCCGACUUGCCACAACACCUCCUCCUUUCCAUCCUUUCCCUCCUGCCCACCAGAGAAGCCGUCGCAACGUCGUCUCUCUCCCGCCGCUGGCGCAACGCUUGGUCCUCUCUCCCGUCGCUUGACUUGGGGACUGAAUUGGUGAAGGCCGGUGCUUCCUCCGCACCCAAAGCGUGGGCGGAAGUCGUUCUUCGACUCCUUUCCUUCCGCGACGCGCCGGUUCUCCGGUGCCGCAUCUCGAACGCCCUCGAGAAAUGCCGCCACGACGUCGACCGGGCUAUCGGGAUACUCGUGGAUCGUGGGGUGAGGGAUUUGGGGGUCGGUUCUCUGCGUGUUGGUGCUUACAGGCUUCCCUCUUCCUUGUUCCGGUGCGAUUCGAUUCGAGUUCUGGAGUUGCGGGGCUGCCUACUUGGUCUGCCUCCUCAGGGGUUCGACGGAUUCCCGCGACUGGAAACGCUGAGGCUCGUCGAGGCAACUUUCGACGGCGGCACUUUCGAUCGCCUGGUCCGCGGGAGCUCCGUGCUUGAGAAUUUGGUGGUGGAUGGGUGCUUCGGAUUUAAGAAGCUCGUCGUUAGCUCUCCGACUCUCCGGUCGUUCGAUGUCGCUUGUAAUACGUGGGAAAUUCUCGAGAUUGAGCAUGCUCCGCGGCUCUCACAAUCGUCCGUGUCUUUGAGUUUCCUGAAUCCGAAGCAUACUUCUGACCUUAGGCCGCUUCUCCAGGGCUUGGUUCGUGUUGGACGUCUCUCGCUGCAAGACGACUUCGUCUGGGUUUGUUUUCAGGAAGGCGUCUCUUGGAAACACUUCCCUGCAACCUUCUCUAAUCUGAAGAAGCUGGCCAUAGAUGCAAAUUUGAGGAAGGGGGACGACGUUGGUGUUGUUUCCUGGUUCCUUGAGAACUCCCCCAAUUUAGCCGAGCUAUCUAUUAUGGAUCAUCCACUCGUUUCUGCUAAAAGAACACUAGAUGUCAACCACUGGAGGACGAAGGCACCCUUUCAUUGCCUGAUCCAUCACCUAGCGAAGGUAGAAAUACAUUUUGCUGCAGAACAUGAAUGUAUUAUGGAGUUCAUGACAUUUUUGAUCGAGAACGGUCGAGCACUCAGACAGAUUACUGCUAUUUCACUUGUGCGGCAAGAGAAAACCUUCAAACUUAAGCAGUCAUUGUUGGACAUGCAAAAACGUUUCCCAUGGGUGAGACUGUUGUUCAAGAAUUUUCGAAAGGUUUAGAUAUAUUUGAAUCUGCAGGUUCUUGACAAGAACAAAUGGAUACCAAUAGUGUGUAGGUUCCCUACUUUUUUGGUUGGAAAAGUUUAUUUUAGGUGGGCACUUGUCCUUUAUCAUAUUCACGGGGUGCCCAUGUGGGUACACAGCGGUAGACGCAACCCUGACCCAUCAAAGGGUUCACAUCUUCUCCACUUGAAUACCCGUCUGUAAUACCCUGUUUGUAGUUAAUACCUUACAUAUUGCUUCUUAAUCAAUUGCAUAUUUGGUUGAUCUUUGAUUUUA